GCAGAACUACUGUUAAUUUUAUCCCCUUCUUUGCCGAACUCAAUUGUAUACGAUGAAAUCAGCCGCUGCUAUCAUCAUGCUGUGGACCACCAUCGCGCUGCUACUUCACCACACUGAAGCGGAGUCUGGUUACCCCGGGGUCGAAUCUGGGCUCAACACAAUCAACGCGGGAAAUGCCAUAGUCAAAUCUGGGAGUGACACCGACAGGCCGACACGGAAAAAGCGUAACUCAUUAACCGACGCCCUACAAGCAAUUUGGUGUGACGAUCCAUUAACGACACUUGGCUGUCGCGAGUGCGAGAAGUCAUGCGCCAAACCCAACCCGUCGGUGUUCUGCGCUCAAGGAUGCCAAAACACCUGCAUCUGCAAACCGGGUCUAUAUGCUACUGGCCUUCCCUCGCCUAAAUGCGCGCCGCCCAAUGGACCCUUACUCAACAACUGUGAAGCAUCCCGCCAACUGCGUAAUGGCCAAACGCAACGGCGUAAAGGCUAAACGUAUGCACUGCCAGAGGGCCGCGGCAACGGUAUUUUUUGCGAUUGUUCGAUAUGGAGAGCAUUGCUGAUUAUCUAUUAAUUUCCUGACGGUGCUGCGCAUGCACAGCCAGCCAGUGGUUACUUUGAAGUUUAAACAGAAUUGGUAAUUGUAAUGAGUGACAUCAGAUUGGCAUUUCUACAUGCUGUGCACCCACAUUGGUGUAAAUAAAAGACGGGAACUCCCUUGGAAUAGCAAACUGUUUUUCGUUAAAUUUUUUGCAUUAUUAAAAU